AUGGCUCGAGAAAGUGAAGGCAUUUUGGUUUUUGGCGAACAAUCUGGAGCCUGCGACAUUGGUAACGUGAUGUCCUUCGACGGAGCAAUGAUUAUGCCAACAUCAACUCGGACGCUGCAUGCUGUAAUUGGGGACAAAUCACAGCGUUCCUUCAGUUUCAACCAGCACUCACGGCAGGCGGAUGGCCGCCAGAAGCAAUCUGAGCACAAGCGUCACGGGCCGGACAUGGAGCCAUUGAGUCCCACGAAGACGUCUUCUUCCCAGCAAUCCCCAUCUCCUCCUGCUGCAUCCGCACAGGACGGUACAGGACCUCAUCGUCCACCGCUCAAUUCGCCGCCAACGUCUCCCGCCCUCUCAUCAACGUCCACUGCUGCCGACGGCGAGGACCUCGGGUCCUCCCCAAUUUUGACCUCGCUACCCGCGCCAAGACUGCCCGAUCGAGCUCGGGAAAUUCUGAGAAGCCAAACCGAUCCGGAAGAAGAGGAGAGAUACGUGACAGCUAGCUGGGGCUCGCCCUAUUCAACUGAAGAGACGAACCUUAUCCGCCGCCAGAGCAUCGGCAGCGAUCAAUCCGAAGGCUCGCCAAUCCAUCACAUAGCCAUCAGCACUCCCUUUCUUCGCCCUCCUCCAGCGCUCUCGCUCGGACAGGACGAAUCGCACGAGCCAUACCUCAGCGCGGCACAAGUCCUCGCCAACCGCGCUCGGAGACCUGCGCGACGACUGACUGAAGAUUGGAUUCGCCAACACACGGCGGGGGACAAUUCAGAGAGUCGGCAUUGGUUCAGCGACGGAAGCGAGCACUCUUCACUGAGCGGCUCGGUAUCUGGCGACGAAGCUAUUUGGCACGAAAAAGAAUCUCUGCGAACCCCGAGAGCCCGACCACGCCUGACGCGCGCAUCCCUCACGGAACCUCGCUAUCCUCGAACCCGAUCCAGCGUCGAGACCCUCAAGCAAGAAGACGUGAAGCCUCGAGACGACACCACAAACACGAAGAUGGAGAGCCCCGAUCUCUCAAAGGCCGACUUGGCCCGCGACCUGCCAGACCUCCCAGCAAUCCCCACAACGCCCAGGCGUAGCGCGAGUGCCGCUGUAGGUAACACUGCGAGGACGCCAACCACACCAAUGAGGAGUGCAUCUGCAAGAGUGACGAUUAAAGAACCCAGCAUGACACCUCGGGUCAAGAAGAAGAUCCCGUGGAAGGGCAAGAAUAUUAUGGUGCUUCUUCCCAAAGACGAGGAACGCGGACGCCCGGGCCAAGCGCCCAAGCCACUGAACCAGAACGAGACUGAUGGCAUGUUCAGAUCGUGGGAGGAGCUUGGAUACGACAUCAGUGGUUUCGAUUUGGAUCUCGCAGAGGGCACGCACCAGGCCCCUACUGGGUACUCCCAGAGUCGAGACGCUUGGCCUAGCCCCGAGGAUCUUGUUCGAGAGCGUGCGCAACAUACGUACAAGGUCACAUUGCCCGAUCUGAAUGCUUGGAGAGACUACGUCAAUGAACUUAACGAGGCCAAAUUGCGAGCUCUUGGAGUGUCAUUCGGCGAUGACGAUCCUCCUGCGCCUUCAAUAUCGCCUGCAGUGUCACAGCCCAGCCGACAGGCCUCGGCGCAGUACCCGCCCUUGCCAUUCUCUCCGCCCUUGCCUACAUCAUCAGCGUCGAGCAAUCACGUUCAAGGCUACCCGUUUCCGUCACAAUUCAUGCCUGGUGGACGAUCUUCUGCAGGCCACAGCCACAGCCCAAGCAUGGCUUCUCCCGUUGGCUUUGGUAGUCACCCUGCCAAGUACAAUUCUCGACAGUCGAUUUCGGUUCCUAUGGGCCACUCGCCUUUCCAGAUGCCAGGUCAGCCAUCGCCGCUCGGCUGGCCAGGCCCGCACAGAACAGAUUCGCCUUCGUUGCUAAACGGGAUCCUGUCUCCCAUCUCCCCUUUCAUGCCCGAAGGGUUUGCGCCGACUGGCAGCCCUGCUUUCAAUGCGCACCAACGUCACCAGUCUUUGCAAUACCCCAUGAUGCCCCACCAGUUCAUGCAGCAGCAACAACAACCUGCGCGCGCAUCACCCCGGCUGCAAGAGGUACGGGAAGAUGAAGAAGAAGAGGAGGAGGAGCAGGCACUUGAAGAGACGCCCCUGAAACCCGUGGAGCCUACACAAAUCAACGAUGAUGACCUCCAGGCAGAGAUUGACGAGGCCGAAUACCACUUGGAGGAGCAGAUGCGCAAUGAGUUGGAGCACGAGGACUAUAGCCCUCACAACGAAGAAGCUGCGGCGGAUCAGCUGGCCAACUUCUCUCAACAGCAGCCUCUUGCGCAUGCCAGAGAAGCAUCGGUUCAGUUCCAGGCACCCCAGCAGCUCCCUAAGCAAUUCGGCCCUCAAGGCGGCGACGGUCCCGUUCUUCAUCACCCGCGUCCUCACAGCCGUGGUCACUCGUUGUCGCAAAACUUCUUCUCUCACCAUGAUGAGACCCGGCCUCGUGGCGACAGCUUGGCCGGAUGGCACGACGUUGACGCGCAGCGGAUCGAUGAGGCAGCGGAGAUCGAGACCAACCCUAGCAACCUCGGUACCCCCGUACAAGAUUUCAGCCUCACAACACUCUUGCAGCAGCACCAGCAUUCAUUUUCCACGACAAGCAAUCCGUGGAACGACGUAGCCUCGAUGUCAAGCAACUCUGGCAUGCCGAGGAGACCCAGCCAUGCCAGCAAGCCCUCGCUCUCUAAGCUCAACGUUAAGGCGCCCGAGUUCAAGUUCAAUCCUGGCCACGAGUCGAAGACGAGCUUCACAUUUGGUGCUGGUAGCAACAGCUUCCAGCCCUCAGUCUUCCAGGCGGGUGGCGGAUCUUUCGCGCCGUCAGUCACCUCCCCUUCGGCGAACUCGUUUGGUGCAGGGUCCAUCUCGUCCAAGAUUAAUGCUGCUGCCCCUGUCUUCUCACCCGGUCAGAGCGACUUUAGCUUUUCUGCCACUGGUCCCAAGUUUCGACCGGAUGCACCCGCCUUUACACCCUUUGGAAAUGUUUCGGACUCUGUCACCAGCCCUGUGUCGGGCAGCGAGAGUGCUGGCAAUCGCACUAGCUCGAUUUUCGGCAACAUCGAUCUGAGCCUUUCCGACAUUGUCAAGCCUCCUAAAAAGUCAUCGGCCGUCCCGAUUAUUCGUCCUAGCAGCAGCGAUAAGAACCAGUAUGAGUCCCAAGACGACCUUCCGGAUGAUGCAGAUGGUCGCUUGAUUGACGAAUCCCGGUUUAAGAGGGCAAAGGCGUCCAGAGGAGAUGAGGAUGAUGUUCCUCUUUUUGCUGAGCCGUCACCCGAACCCACAACAUUGCAGUCGCUCCAACCAAGGAAGGAGGAGCAGGAUGCCUCUGAACUCAGAUCAGGCGACGAGCAAGCUUACACGCCAGCAGACACCACCGUGUCUUCCACCGUUGCUUCCGAGCACCCCGCCGAUUCCAAGGCUGUUACGGCUACUAGCCCCUCGGAUACUUCGCCUGACCAGCAGCAGCUGAACUGGGCACCCUUUGAAUUCGACUCGAACAACGAUGUCCAAAGCUUUGCCGAAGCUCGACCUUUUGGUAUCGACACGUACAAGAAGGGCCACAACAAGUCCCUUUCUGCCACUGCUAGAGCAUUCAUCCCUGGCGGCGGCUGGGCGCCUACUCCGGCAACUGAAACCGACGAGGAUGAAGAGGAUGAGCGUGACAGAGAAGACACUAUUGAGCCAAUCCUACCCAGCACCGAGGUGGCUGCCCCGGCCUCACCUCCUCGUGAGCCAUCUCCUCGGGCCCCGACACCUCCCAAAUUCGCCGCGUCCAAGGGAUUGGGCGCUUCUCGCUUUGCAAGCCCGCCAAAGACUAAGGGUCUUUCCGCAUCUCGCUUUGCCGCGUCUCCGUCGCCUGCGCGCCACCCCGAAGAAGAUUACGAGGAUUCUCUUGAAGAGGGAGAGAUCCCCGAGGACUAUGUGGUGUCUGAGACAGAGGAGUACGUUGACGAGCCUAAUGUGCACGAGUUCACGUUCCCAGCACAGACUGCGAUUGAUGCCACCAACGAGCAUCAUGAGCCUACUUUUGAGGAGAUUGAUGAUAUCAUGAACCACCUCCACCAGAAUGACCCGACAUUUGGUGUCAAUAAGGCCAACGACGAGGCCACCAGAUGGCAUCAGCCUAGCCCCAAUAGACAGAUCCAGGUCGCUGGCGUUACCAACUUGUCGCCCUAUAAGAUGCAGGCCGGCAGCCAAUACCGCAGCAGAACCUCCAGUCCAGUGCGUCAAUACCACGGUCUCCCCGCGGACAACUCGGCAAUGCCGACCACCGAGUUGGAGGAUCCUUUCGUCGAUCCUCCUUUGAGUGCUCAGUCAUUCGAUGCCCCCGUUACUCACUUGGUUGGCGAGGAGAGCGCUGCGCACAGCGACUGGGAAGGUGCUUUCAGCGACGAAGAGCAGGCCAAGUUGGAGCAACGCGUUCAGUUCUUCGACGGUCGUGUAAACGAAGCCGUCGGCGAUCUGCUUUCGGCUCGCCUUGGUCCUUUGGAGAAGACCCUGCUCUCCAUCAAGCAGUCGCUGCGUGGCGAUAGAAGAGCUUCGUCUUCUAUCCGUCGCAGCGUAUCUGCGGAUAUCCAACACAGCGACGCUGACGACGAGGACGAAGAGCCCGUGCUUCGUCGCUCGCUUAGUCCGCGCCGCGACAAGCGCAUGGAACAAAUCCGUGCAGCUGUACUCGAUGCCUUCGCCGUACAGCAGCGUGGUGCCGUUCCUGUGACUCAAGUUGCCGCACCUGUUACCGAUGAACCCUCCAGCACUGCUGUUCUUAAGGCUUUGGAGGAGAUGAGGGAACAGUUUGGCGCUUCCAUGCGCCUUGACUUCCGUGGCGAGGAUCUGCGAAACAUCGUCGAGGAAGCUGUUGAGAAGCGCAUGCCGACCCCGCCCCAGCAACCCACCGCUGAUCGCGAUCAUGAUGAGGCUGUCAAUAACAAAUUAAGUGAGCUUCAAGCCAAGAUCAUGGAUCUUGAGGAGCGCCUCUAUGUCGAACGCAGCAAGACUGAGAAGGAGGUUUCCGAUCGCCGCGCUGCUGAAGAUCUCGCGGCAGAGCUCGACAGAAAGCUCCAGGCCGCCGAAACUCGCGUCGAAGUCGAGAUCAUGAACAAGAGCAUUUUCGACCACCGCGUUAGCGAUCUCGAGGAUAAGCUCCGACAUCAGGAGGAGCGUACUCAAGCAGAGCUUGAUGGUCGCCGAAUCGCCGAAGAUAGACUCUCCGAGGUUCAGCGUCUGCUCCGCAUUGCCAGCGAAGAGGAGGUCCGCCUCCGUGACGACGUCGAGGAGCGGGACCACAAGCUCAAGGCCUUUGAACAGGCCGCUUCCAAGCAGACAAUGCGCAUGGCACUUAUGGAGGCCUCGCAGACGAACGCUACCCAGGCGCAGACUGAACUGACCAACAAGAUCAACGCCAUGGAAGACGAGUUCCGAGGUGUCUCCCACGAGGCUGGCCGCUGGAGAUCCGAGGCGGAGCGCGCAGUUGAGACCGCCCGCAGACUGCAAAUCGAUCUCACCGAGAUACUCCAGGAGAACAAGGCCAUGCAGAAGUUCAUCGACACCCUUGGAACUCAGCUGCAAGAGAACGAGCGCGUCAGAGAAAGCUGGCGUGCCAAGUUUGUCUCCCUCCAGGAAGACAUGGCAAAGGCUGCUCGUGAUAUCACUGAGGAGAACGCUCGUCGCACCAAGCGGGAGCAAGCUCUCGUCGCUCGCCAAGAGGUCUUGGAUGCUAAGCUCCAAGCUGAGGCCCGUACGCGCGAACGGAUCGAAGCCGAGAUGGAGAGACUUGAGAAUGGUGAACGCCAAGGGAUGCGCGCCGUCAAUGAGUGCAAGCGCCUCGAGGGCCUGCUUGGCGAGAUGAAAACCGAGAACCACAAGCUUCACCAGUCUGCUAUGCGAUACCAGAGCGAGUUCAAGGAAGCCAGAGAGUCUGGCAUCGCCGAGGUCCAGCGAACACGUGUUUCUAUGCAGCGCGAGAUUGAUGAAGCCAAUCACCACGUCAAUGCCGUUCGCCAAGAACUCGAGGAACAGGUCGCCAAGCUCAGGGCCGAAGUUGAUCAGGCCAACAUUGACGUUGAAACUGCCAAGGCUCAGUCUGAGAUGAUGAUGGAGGAGGCUCAGUCCAGCAAGACCGAUGCCGUUCAAGAACUGAAGCGCAAGCACCAGAACGAGCUCGAGGACUUCCAGACCCGCUGGGAGCGCCAGCUGAGCAACGCUGUCGAAGAUGGCCAGAAGACGGAGCAGCACCUCCUGGAGCGCCUCAGCCUGUCAACGUCCAAGACCGAACAUCUGCAAGACCGUGUUGCACAUCUGGAAGAGAAGCUCGAAAUUGCCAAGGAGGCCGCUCGUGCGGCCGCCCAAGCUGCCAAGUCUGCGGGCGUUGAGCCACCCGCUCAAGCCAAUGCGACAUUCCAGCCAAAGGCUGCGGCGCCUGCCGCACCCCUCGUGUCGAAGGGUUUGGAUCUUCCAGAGAAGAUCUCGCCCCAAGCCCUGCGUGAGUCCAUCAUGGUCUUGCAAGAGCAGUUGCAGGCACGCGAGCAGCGCAUUGAAGAGCUCGAGUCUACUGUCGACAAGCUGGAUCCCGAAGCCCCUACCAAGAUUGCCAAGCGUGACGAUGAGAUCACUUGGUUACGUGAGCUUCUUGCCGUGAGACAUGGCGACUUGCAAGACAUCAUCCUUGCCGUCUCUGCCGAAGAUUUUGACAGAGAGGUCGUCAAGGAUGCAUCUAUCCGUCUCAAGGCCAACCUGCAGAUGGAGGAGCAGGAACGCGAGCGUGCGAUGAAUGGCGGAUCGGCAAUCAACCUGCCCAACAUUGCACAGUCACUUCGGGAGGCUGCUUCGCCUCGUGUAGCUCAAGCCGUCGGUCCCCUGGCUGCGGCCUGGGGUAACUGGCGCAAAUCGCAACAACCCAUUUUCGCGUCGGGCGGACGGAGCGGCAGGCCGUCAACGGCCCGACCUGCUUUCAGCAGCAAUCAUACCCCGUCCCGAUCUACCGCAUCGGCGUCGUUCAGCAACAACCACAAUGGACUGAUGACUCCGCCGGCUUCUGGUCUCCGCCAGACCCCUCCUGUAAACACGGAGGAACCCCAACCAACUGCAUUUCAGACCACUGGACGUCGGUACACGGCCCAGCAACUACAGGCCAGGAAUCGAGGACCGUCCAUCACCGAAGUGCCAUCCGAGCCGAUGCCCCUCAAGAGCCCCCCCUCUCGCCGUCCAUCGAGCCGUUCCCAACAACCCAUGACGCCUCCGAUGAUGCGGUCGAGCGCAUACGACUCGGAUGCUCACCCUGGCGACUUUGACGACACUGACUUCUUCGAGGAUUAA